AUGGCGGCGGGGCGCGGCGUGGCGGCAGAGGCCUGCGUGGGGCAGGUGGUGCUGCCCGGGGACGUGCUGCUGCUCCCCGCCCACCCCGACGAGGACGGCGAGCGGCUGCGGCUGGCCGCCGGCGCAGCCCCGCGGGGCCGACUGCUCUGCGGGCCGGGCCUGCGGCGGUGUGCGGCCGGGCUGCUGGUGACCAAGUGCGGCCUGCUGCGGCACCGCCAGGCGGGCGGCGGCGCGGCGGCGGGCGGCGCCUACUGGGUGGACUCGCAGCAGAAGCGGUAUGUUCCGGUCAAGGGCGACCACGUGAUAGGAAUAGUGACGGCCAAAGCAGGAGAUGUGUUUAAGCUGGACGUCGGUGGGAGCGAGCAGGCGUCUCUGUCCUACUUGGCUUUCGAAGGCGCCACGAAGAGGAACAGGCCAAAUGUGCAGGUGGGAGAUCUUAUUUAUGGUCAGUUCCUUGUAGCAAAUAAAGACAUGGAACCAGAGAUGGUCUGUAUAGACAGCAGUGGAAGAUCAAGUGGAAUGGGAAUAAUUGGACAAGAUGGCUUCCUUUUUAAAGUUCCCUUAGGUCUAAUAAGAAAACUUUUGGCUCCCAAAUGUGAAAUAAUUCAGGAGUUGUCCCAGUUGUACCCGUUUGAGCUGGUGCUGGGAAUGAAUGGAAGAAUAUGGGUAAAAGCAAAAACAGUUCAACAGACUUUAAUUAUAGUAAAUAUUUUGGAAGCCUGUGAGUAUAUGACUGCAGAACAGAGAAAACAAGCACUUGCCAGAUUGUCAGGGAAUUGAUAAGAGAUGACCUUGAGGAUUUGAGAUGACUGUAGAGUGUUUUGGUUAUUUUUGUAUUCAGUUUUAUAUUAAAAGCCAUUUUUUAAAUGAUGUGUAGACUUUUGUUGUUGUUCAGUUCCCUUCUUUAUCCACUCAGCUUGUUUUGUCUUGUUUACGAACUUUGUUUUUAUUCACUUUUGUGAUUAUGAAACCCUGUUU